GGGCUGCAGCCCGUGCAGCAGAGGCGGGUCUAUCUUCAGGUCUUCAUGCUGAGUCCAUCAGUUCAGGUCAAUAAAAGGACUUACCAUGGCAGGUAAAAGUGGCAAAUCCAAACGCAGCAAAUCCAGAGGCUCCAGGAAGAAAACAAAGAAGCCCGUGAGCGAAGUGGAUAUCCUUAGCCCAGCUGCCAUGCUCAAUGCCUACUACAUUUCUCACAAUGCUGCUGCCUGCCUGGAGUUCCGUGGCUUUAACUGGCCUGACUCCCCCAAAAAGAAGGGGAAGAAAGGAAAGUAGUAAUCGGAUGGAAGGCAAAGGACCCAUCAUACAUCAGGCUUCUCCGCGAAAAGGAGAACCCUUGUUAAGGGUUGAAAGCAAAGUGAUCACUCAGGUUUUUAACUCUUAUGGUUUGCCAUAAUCACUGUGAAGGCCAGUACUAAGACACUCCUGUUAUGAUUCGAGCAUAAGGUAGUAAAUGUUAAUUUAAGAUGCUUACUGUGCCAGUGUAAUAUUAACCAUGGCUGUUGGCCUGCUAAUUCUGGCAGCAAAUAAAACAUUGCACUUCUGUGA